GAGCCCAAGGAAAACACUUUACCGGACUCAUCACUCAUGUGCUCCUGAAGCAAUGUUGUACUUCCGUGCCAUUUUGCAGGAAACGGUCUUCUUUGAAGUCUUUAAAGACUGUGCCAGGAGCAUCAAUGAUAUGAUGGCCAGAACGUAUACAGUUGGAGAAGACAGGAAGUUGUUGCCAAGUCUCCUGCUGGGGUGGCAGAAUUUAAGGCAAGAUGGCCUGCCCUCUUCGAACCAUUCCAGAUUAAUGAAGAGUUCUGAAGGUGCACUGCUGUUCCACUGGAAUCAACAUUUAUGUCCCAGCUGGACAGGUACACUCCAAAACUCCUGGAGCUCUUCAGUGCAAAAGGACCCAAGUGCCUCUGCAGUGAUGAAAAGAGAUGUGACUCUGAGAUGCCUCAUAGAGUACACGGGAGAGAGUGGACAGGAGCUAAUCUCUGACUACUGUGGAACUGCUGAGACCACUGUUCAUGGGGACCUGGAAAUGAAGAAUAUGAGCAUCUACAUCUGUCGUGAGCCAAAUGCAGUAGGAAUCAUCAUUGAGGGAGUACCAGUCCUUACUCAUCUUGGAAACCUAGCCAAAGCAUGCUGCCUACUUCUGGGGUUGACGUAUGAACUUAAUCUUGAGUAUCCAUCCAAACUUUCCAAAACAUUUGAGGUGUUUCAAAGACUUUUUGUGGGACUCGACACACUGCGCCCAAAACCAACCCCCAAAUUCAUGACUCUCAAAAACAAGCUUCUAGCUUAGGCAGUGAGCCAUGACUGUCAGCUUGCACUUUUGAACAGCUAUUUUUUUGUGUCUGCUCAAAAUCAUUAUACAUUGUUCAUUGAGUGGAAUUCUUCAGAAUGUUGUAACGGUUUGUCCUGUUCAGGUUUUAUUCAAAGCUCCAGGUCAUCGUUUCUGGUGUGUAAAUUAAGUUUUUUUUAAUGUUUUGUACACACUAAAUUGCCCCACUGUGAAGCUCCAGCUGGUCAGAAGGAGGGAUCUGUGAGUUGUUUAAGUUAAAAUGUUUUAAAAUAUACACACUGAAAGACACUAUGGUGAAGGUGUUCUGCUUGUGAAUUGUUACAGAAGUACAGAUAAUCUUAAUGUUAAAUUGUUUUGGCAAGAAACUGUACUGUGAAGGUUCUAAGUAAAACUUGAGAUGCUGAGGUCAUGCAUUCUUUUAUGCACUAAAUAAGUGAAGUGAAUUACAUUUAUAUAGCGUUUUUUCUCAAGUGACUCAAAGCGCUUUACAUUGUGAAACCCAAUAUCUAAGUUACAUUUUAAACCAGUGUGGGUGGCACUGGGAGCAGGUGGGUAAUGUGUCUUGCCCAAGGACACAACGGCAGUGACUAGGAUGGCGGAAGCGGGGAUCGAACCUGCAACCCUCAAGUUGCUGGCACGGGCGCUCUACCAACUGAGUUAUACCGUAUACUGAUGUUCUUGACUGUUAAUACUCUCCAGCUUAUUGACACGGUUUGGAUAUGCUUGUGAAAAUGUUUUAAUAAUAUGUAUACGGUUAAAAAAAGAAAACUACUGUGAAGGUGUUCUAUACAGCACUUUAAAAAGUUGAGGUCAUGCAUUCUAUGCACUAAAUAUGGAUGUUGACUGUUCAUACUGUCCAGCUCAU